UUCACUGGUAUUCUAAAUCCCAAAAAUUCAUGGUCUUGAUCCGAAUGAAAGGCAUUCAUAACAUUUCCCGUAGAAGUUUGGCCCUCUAAUCCUGCGACUGAUCUUUCUGUUUUGCGUCUGUUUCGGAGGGAAUGUUAUAAGAAUUGCAAUAAAAAAGUAUGAGCGGCAAGAGGGGUUUGUUCUUAUUAGCUGGAUCUUUCAUUGCAGGGAGGGCUACGCUUCCUGCUUGCCCCGUACCAGCUAUUUUGAAGAGGAGUUUUUGCAGCGCAUUAACUAAACGUGUGGGUGCAUUGAGGGUGGAGGAAGUGGAGAAGAUACUGGGAGAAGUGAGGGCGCAGGACGUGAAUAGCAUCUAUGUGGGCAAUCACUGCGAGUGGGCCGAAUACAUGGUGCUUGCCACUGGCAAAUCGGAUUGGCAUGUUCGCAACAUUGCCCAGGCCAUACUUCACAACAUCAAGCAGAAGAAAAAGAACAACAAGGACGGGGACGAGAUUUAUUUGCCCGGUAUAGAAGGGCGACAGGGAGGGAAGUGGUUGGUGAUAGACACAGGCAGUGUUAUUGUUCAUGCCCUUCAUGAGAAUGCUCGUGAAUAUUACGAUUUGGACUCUCUUUGGAGGAACCGCGGACCAUCAAAUCAGUUAGAGGAUCUGGAGAAUUCUCUCAAAAAGGGUAGCAGGAGAAGGACAAGACCAUUGACAAGUAUUAACUACAAAAGGGCUGAAGUUUAGAUCUGGAAGGAGUAUCGGAUAUAUUGUUCUCUAUAAGAUUGUGCCCAUAUUUAAUACUUAUCACAUGCAUUUCAUUGAAAGGAAAAUAAUUUUGGUAUUUUCAAGUCAAUUUUUAUUUUAACUAGGUAAUUCAAAUUUUUUUUAUGAGACUCUUCUUCAGUUUUCCAAAUUCCAUCAAUCUUGUAAGUUUGAUUUUUUCAUGUUGUAUUCUAUUUAUUAGCAUUUGAAUGCUUAUGCGCCAUAAUGUAAACACUUGGAUCAGUAUAGGAUA